GCGCGAGCGCGUUACACGCUAUAGAUACCCUUCUUCUUCUUGUACAUAUCUUUCGUCCCCCUCGCCUCCUCUAUCGCGUUUACUUUCAUCGACCCCUCUCGUUCUCCUUUUUCUUGAUCCUUUCGUGAUCCCUUCCAAUCCUACUACUCUUGUCUCUCCUAUUUUCUCUCGACACCCACCCCUCUUCCGCGAAACUCGCCGCUCUUUCCUGUCACGUUAAAUUCUGCGCGCUCUUACUUCGCUUGCAUCCCAAGGACCCGAAAUUCGUCGAUCCUCGACCAUAGGUAUCUCUCCCCGAUGCAGUUCUUAAACUAUUCGCAUCGUCUCGUUAAAUAUUAAACCGUACGUCUUGUAGUCCUCUUCAGAAGAAGAAUUUUUUACAUUUCGAGAGCGUAUGCUUAAGAAUUGAAGUAGUGGGAGUAUCGGCACUCGAUUAUUGGAAAUAUUGAUCAUUAAACGAAUCCGCUUAAAACGGGCUGAACAUUACCCGUUUGUCGAAUCAAGCCACUUCUGCAGUACGUCGUGUAGAAGUGGCUCGUUGUAAAGUCAAAUCUGGGGUACUUGCAGUGGGGUACGGGCGCAGAUAUUCGUGGGUGGUUGUCGGUAACCAAAGGCGUCGCCACCAAUUUCCUUACCGCUAUCGAUCGAUCAAAAUAAUUCUAAACGUUACAAAAACGUUUCUUAAACGAAAAUACAAUUUUGAUUGGUAACUUUAUAUGAUUUGCAACGUAAAAGUUAUUUUUCAGUAAAAUCCGUUUGGACUUGAAUGAAAAAUCCGACAGGAUUCAUUGGCGGUCGAGUCAAUUGGACGGUAACGAGAAUGAGGCGAACGUUUAAACGGUCGAGGUCGAGAUUCGGAGGAGUAUGCCUCUGGUGGUAGCAUUCGCUGGCUACGAGGUGAAAUCGUAUCGACCGCAAGGGAAGUUCGCGCGCGGUGACGAGCACGCGCGACACAUGCACGCUUUAUUCAUAACAGAAUCUAAAGAAAACCCGAGUAUCUAUCUUUACUCUCUAAUACCCAAAGUGGACCACUCUAACGAGAUGACGUUAAACGUUCCUUUCCCUCGGGCAUUCUCGUUAGUGGGUCUCGUAUUAGUAGAACGGUACUCUUUUUUAUCUUCUCAGGGAUGAGAGAGAGGGAGAGAGAUCUAAAAUAAAUUAGGUCAUGGCACUGCGGAUAUUUGUAGAAAAAUUCCUUUUAUAAUUUAACAAUUGUUCUCGGUAUUCUGUACACAUUCCAUCGUUCACGUUCUUCUACAGAUGCAUGAAAUGUUUGGUACAACGUAGCUUGUAUCAUCGCGACUGUUCGUUUUUCCGCCCGUUAAUGGAAAAAAGAGCGACGUUACCCGGAUUUGCACAGGUUCGCCUGGUUCCGCCUCUCCUCCGUGACCAUUGCCAUUGUUCGGCUCUACUGACGUCAUCGAGGAAGGUCCAAUAGGACGACGUCGGUACAGGCUCUCUCCCUCGCCGAGAGAUACUCUCGAAACGAGAGCUGACGAUGAAGAAGGACGGAGGGACGUUUACUCAACGGCGUAGAAGCGGCUAAGCCACGACGCAAUCGUGUCCGCGAAAGUCGUCGUCAUUAAUAGGAAUAGUUCAACUGGAAUUGUUUGAUUUUUAGAAACACAUCAGGAGAGAUCGUAUCCCAUGAGAAAUUCGUCUUUGGACUACGUCUGGUGUUUUCUUCCUAUUCUAAACUAACAGGAGAGAGAACGUAUGCAAAACUACUAUGACACGAUAGCUGAGCGUGCUUAUGGUUCAGGACCCUCAAAUAGCGGAAUCGAAGAGUGCGGUACCCCGGCCGAGGCUAGCCGUUCGAUCAUAACUCGCUUUCCAGUUCAGCGUGAUCGAAAGGCCUCCAAAACGUCGACCCCGUCGGUGAUCAAGUUAUCGGGGGGUGGAACAGGUGGGGGUGGGGAACAAUUGUCCCCAGGGCCUGGCCCACCUCCCCCGGUGUCCCCGGCCGAGCGUAAUACCGAUGCGAACGAGAACGAUGCCGCACCGAUUGCGAAAUGCGUGGAAAACUAUCCGCAGACCGCGGAGACCACCAUGAGCUUCGUUUUGCAGCUGGGCACGGUGGAAACGCCUCUGGAAAAGAAGAGCGGCAACCCUUCGACCCUGAGCCAAGAGCCGUCGAACGCGGUGAUGAUCGCGGAGACGGAGGAACCCGGGAAAUCUCAGAUCCUUCAAUGUUUAGACAGCAACGCGGAGCUUCCAGCCAGCCAUGUUAUCUCGUUUUCCACUGUGAAGUCGGUCAGCGUCACGUAUCCGGUGGCGAAGGCCGUCAGGGAGGUUCAGAGGAUCAGCGGGCCACAAACGAACACCACUCAGGUGUUGACGACGCGGGUCAUCUCGCAGAAAUUGCCGUCGUCCGGUCACCACCAGAUUCAACAGGGUCCGUUAAUGGCGGCGUCGAACCUUGCCCAUGUGCCGGUGAACGCACAGUCCUUACCAUCGCCCGGGAGCGGAAUGGCACACGUGUACCCUUUACAGCAUGUGGUGUCCACGCAGAGUAAGCAACCGGCCAAGAACCAGGUAGUCACGUCCGAAGGGAAACAGCAGCAGCUGCAGCAGACGAACACGGUGUCCGCGUUGCCUCUUAAGGUUCAGCCGGUGUCAUCGCAGCUGAUGGUGAGCAGCAGCGCGGUGAGAGCCAUCAACACCGCGGCGACGUUACCGAACAUUCAAAGGAUACACGUGAAGGCGCAGAAUCUCGUGGGCCAAGCGCAGACGAUGAAUUUGCAGAAAGUGAAGGCUGUGACCAGCGUGAACCAGGGGGUCACCGUUCAGAGGAACUCUGUGCCCAGGAUACAGACCGUGCAGAAGGGUCAAAUGUCGAGCGGCACCGCUCAAACCACCCAGUUCGCUGUCAAUCAGGUCGCGAACAACGCGAAUACGCACAGGGCUCAGCAACAGGGGAAUCCGCAGAAAUCUCAAGCGAACGCCGCGGGAACGCAGAAGGUAGCGGGACAGGUUUACAAUAACCAAAAGGUACCGUCGUCGCAGACAUUGGGUAGCCAUCCGAAUCACAAAGCGCAGCUCCAACAGAUACCGGGUAAUCAACAGCAGGGGUUGCAGAAGUUACAGGUACAGCCGCAGAAGACGGUGACAGUGCCGAGGCAGCAGUCGGCCGCGGCGCCGGUGAACAACGUUCAGAAGACUAGCAGUUCUGUAGCAGGCAUACAGAAGAUGCAGGUGGUUCAGUGUCAGCAGCAAUCGUCGCAAGUGCAGAAGCACGUGCAGCAAGUCCAGCCGUCUCAGCUUCCGAGACCGCAGUCCACGGCAGUCCUACAGAGAUCACAGUCCGUCGCUACGGUUAAUUCCACCAGAGCACAAUCAAUCGCGAACGCGUGCAAGAGCAACAGCGUACCCAAUAUCCCGAAAACUCCGCAGAACGCGAACCUGCUGGGAGUGAACAAGCAGCAAGUAAUUUCGCAGCCACAACAGUCGCAGCAGGUACAAAACUCGACACAGAUGCAACAACAGCAAUUGUUGCAGCAAACCCCGCAGCAGCAACAGAUGGUGCAGAAGCAACAGCAAACGAACGCGAAUAAUCCGCAGAGGAGUCACAGUAUUACAAACGUCCACCAAAAGGUCGCGUCGAUUACGACGAUAGAAAAUUAA